CUCAAAACUCCAAAACAAUUCCCAUCUGAUUAUUGGUGGCAAACUCCCAAAUAUUCAAUUCUGUGACAGCCAACCCUACGAAAGUCGAGGUUCGACGGUAGAUGGAUCCAUACUCAAAUAACAGAUUUCCAGAGGCAGGUGUUUGAAGAUGGCCAGCAAGCAAGGGUACAGCUGCUUUUCAGAUAGCUCUGUGGAUGUUCCAUCUUCCAGCCCUGAAGGCACUCUGACUCUUAGUCCUCACAGCCCAGGGCUGUGCCUCAUCUCCCCUCCCACUGCAGAGUCCCACUGGCUGAGCAAUGCAACACCACAGCCUGAGUCACCAUCUGAAGUGAACAUCACUUUGGAGGAGCUUCUGGCACCCAUUACCGAAAAGCUCAAGUAUUUGUUGAAGAAAGCUGAAGACUUCCAGACAUACCUACUGUACAGCAGAGACAGAAUGCAGAAGGAGCAAUUUGCCAAAGCUAUGCCCACAUUUCUACAGAUGUGCCAGCCCUACUUCCACUAUCUGGAGUCUACAGCACGCAGCUGCACACCUUAUUUAAGACCGCCACAGGAACAAGUGCGCAGGCGGCUCCUGGAGAUCUCUCAGCAGUUGGUUUGCCAGCUCGAGCAACUGGUGCUGAUGUAUGCUUCCUUCAGCUUUGUGUCUCUGGAAGACACAGACCCAUUCAGUGUUUCAUGUUUCUUCUGUGGAAAGUUUUGGCUGAAUGAGGCACGGCAGGUUUCCAUCUUCCGAUAUUGUAUCUCAGCACCCUACACAGCUGCACACAUUCCCCACAACUUAUACAAGAAGAUGCGCUGGAAUCUUGACAUCUUGGAAGGGGCUCCUGGCCGGAAUCAAACACCCCGGUCAGAAUACUACUUCCUGUGCUUCCGUGAUACAGGAGAUGAUACCACUGUGAAGAUGCAGAAGCUCUGGUCCAUUGGACGCUGGGUGCCUGUUGAUCCUGACAGUGAGCAUAGCUCUGAUGUGCUCUCUUGGGUGUUGUGUCACCAGCCCAUGGGGGAUUACCAGCAGCUUUUGACAAUUGGAUUUGAAGAACCCUCCCACACCUUAGCUACAGACCUCUUGGUGCAGAUGCUAAAUGCUCAGAGUUCUGGCCUGCUUCAUCGUGAGUCUUCCUGCUGGGUGAGCCCCAGGGAACAAGUGCAGUAAAUAUGUGCCACUUCAUGGUGUGCUGCAGAACACAACUCGUGUUUUCUAGCACUGCCAGCAUCACAUCAGCAGGAACACUAUGCUAGAAGUGGUAUCUUCACAUCAGUAAAAGGAGUCAAUGAUUGUGCUUUGUUUUAUACAUAAGUUCAUUUAAGAUUUUGACAACUUUAUGAAGAAGUAGGAAAAAGCUUGACCACCCCUCCUUCCAUGAGCAUCACAGCCUGCACUACUUUCAACAGAGACUUGCAUUAUAUUUUUAAAGAAGAAGAAUCUAUGUUGAUGGUCACUGCUGGUGGUCCUGUAGGCUUCCUCUACCAGAACACUACACUCUUUAUGAUAAACCAUAUUACGGAAUAUCAGGGCUCUUACAAGGUGCAGUAAGAAAGAGUUGGCAGUCACAUUUUUCUUCUUACAUCAAGAAACCCUUUAUCAUGGUCCUGCACUGGACACAGUAUAAGUCAUCUCAUCUAAUUAACUUUCUGACCAUUUCCUUUGAGUUUAUAUAUAGCUUGUUCUCCUUUCUUGAUUUUCCUCUGGGCCCUACUCACCUGGCUAUAGCUGGUAGAGCAAAGACAUUAAAGGAAUUAACAGAGAAUAUUCA